AUGGGCAUGCGCAGUUUGCAGGGCGAAAGCCUCCAGCGCAUUAUUGCCGUGUUGGGCGCAGUGGCGUUCUUGGUUCAAGGGUACAACCAAGCGAUGAUGAAUGGCUUUAUGACCUUACCAAGCUUUUUGGAGACGGUGCCCGAGGUUGAUACCACGCAUACAACCGGGGCGCAGAAGUCGCAUAAUUCGACAAUUCAGGGACUUGUGAUCGCCAUUUUUGAAAUUGGGUCCGCUAUCGGUGCCCUUUUGUGUCUUUUUGUUGGUGAUCGACUUGGUCGGCCCAAGACUAUGAUUCUUGCUGGGUCUAUUGCGAGUAUCGGUAUCCUUAUUCAGACGACGACGUAUUCGCUUGGUCAGGUUUUGGCUGGGCGAACUGUUACUGGCAUCGGCAUCGGUAUAUACACCGGCACCGUCCCGAUGUAUGUCAGUGAAACCGCCAGCGCAGAGAAACGCGGCCGCCUCGUCCUAGUCGAGGGUGUCUUCGCCCUGAGUGGCUACGUGAUUGCUUCAUUCGUCAACCUGGGCAUGUACUACACGACCGGCUCAGUGAGCUGGCGAUUCACCAUGGUUCUCCCACUCCUCUGGGUCAUCAUCCUUCUAUCACUGACCCCCUUCCUACCCGAGUCACCACGCUGGCUGGUCAAGAAGGAGAAACUGGAAGAGGCAACCGACAUCAUGGCCCGGCUCAUGGGCUCUUCGCCCGAGGACUCAGAUAUUACGAAGGAGAUCGCGACCAUUCACACGGCCACGCAGACGGCAGUAGCUCGCAGCAAGCAUUCGCACAACCCCUUCGCGAUGAACGAGAACCGCCACCUCCACCGUCUCAUCAUCGCCAUGAGCGUGACCAUGUUCACCCAGUUGAGCGGAAUCAACGCCAUCACCUUCUACUCGACCUCCAUCUUCGAGGAAACCCUCGGCUACUCGGGCGUCGACGCCCGCGUCCUCGCCGCAUGCUUGCAGAUUGCGCUUGCGCUUGGCGGCCUGACGGCUGUGUUUGUGGUGGAUAAAUUCGGCCGUCGGAGACUGAUGAUGUUCUCCAUGGGCGCGAUGGUCAUCGAGCAGGCGGCUGUUGCAGGCCUCACGUCCGACUUGAGUAAUCUCGCCGCUAGCAAGGCCGCGGUGUUCUUCUAUUUCAUGGCGGACUAUACCCUCACCAUCGGCAUGUUUAUCAUUCCAUUUAUGUACGGCGCUGAGAUUGCGCCACUGGGUAUUCGGCAUAAGGUUGCUGCGCUCGGUGCGACGUCUUCUUGGCUGUUUAACUUUAUGGUGGCGGAGGUAAGUCCUGUUGCCGAGACGAAUAUCAAGUGGAGGUAUAAUAUUGUCUAUGCAGCGACGAGCGCGGCUGGUUUGGUUGUAAUUUACCUCUUCUACCCUGAGACGCGGGGGAGGACACUCGAGGAGAUCGAUCAGAUUUUUAUUCGGUCAAAGUCCAUUUUUGAUCCUGUGAGGGUGGCGAAGGAUUUGCCCAUGGGCCUGGAUGUGAUGGAGGAGAUUGAGAAGGUGGAGAAGAGGGAUGCGGGAGCUGCGUGA